AGCGCUGCGACCACUUUCUGCCUCUCUUUCUCUCUCCGCUGCCCUCAAGCAGCACAUCAAGCUCCCACUCCCUCGUAUCACCUAACUCCCUCCUUUCGUUUCGUUGCUGCCGUUCGUGCUGCGCGAGGCUUGAUCCGCCUCCUCUUGCUCUCUGAACUGCGAGUUCUUUCUGCCUUCUUGAGGAAGCAAACGUUCACGGAGGCACUCUUGCGGAGACUUGCCAACGCUCACGUUGCUGCCGCUGCAUAGGUCACCCCACGCUUCUUCCGUACUCCUCCCCGCCUUCCCCCUCCUCUCUUUGUAUGGAUGAUUGCCUCGAUAGUCCUUCUUCUCCAGUGGAUUCCAAGUAGAAGUGAACAUUAGCUAGCUCUACGGAUGGCCGCCUACGCGCACAAGAAGGGUGAAGACGCAGCACUGCUCGAGGGAGACGACGGCCACGAGCGCAGCAACUCUGCAAAGCGCGGCGUAGAGGAGCAAGCGGGUCUGCUGAGCAGCGCCGUCAGGGUGCCCUCCGACCCAGGCGCUCCCACCACGGCACCGGCACCGGCCGCCACGGACAGCACGCUGCCGCUUCUCCAGAGCUUCGGCCUGGCCGCCACCUACACACUGACCAGCAUGUUUUUUUUUCCUGCUGAUCCGCUACUCCAAGAACGAGCGCCUUGUAUACAACAACGCCGUUGUUGUGUUUUGUAUUGAAGUGACGAAGCUGGUGGUGUCGGUGGCGCUGAAGUACCGCGAGGACGGCGAGUUCCUCCCUGCCACGAUGCUCUGCAGUCCGCACCGGCGCGCGCUGUGGCGCGAGGGGCUGCCGUACGCCGUGCCCUCCUUUCUCUACGCCGUGUACAACAACCUCACCUUUAUCAACCUCAACGUCUUCGACGCCGGCACCUACCAAGUCUUCAUGCAGAUGCGCAUUCUGUUCACCGGCGUCCUCUUCAGCAUCCUGCUCCAUCAGGCGCUGUCGCUGCGCAAGUGGGGUGCGCUGAUCUUGCUGAUGGUCGGCGUGGCGAGCAAGUACUUCUCCCCCCACACCUUGCAGGUGGACAGCCACAUUCUGUUUGUACUGUUUCAGGCCUUUCUGUCCUCCGCGGCGGGCGUGUUCAACGAGUACGCCUUCAAGAAGGGGCGCCACCUCUCCAUUCACCAGCAGAACUUCUUCAUGUACCUCUACGCCCUCUUCUUCAACGCCGCGUUUGGCGUGAUGGCGGACCCGUCCAUCGUCACGAGCCCCUUCUCCGCAGCAGGGGGUGCGACGACGACGACGACGACAGCGGUGGGCCCGGCCGGCGGAGGACCGCAGACGGACAGCGGACCCGCGCACAUCGGUGCGCUUCUUUUUCUGCUGAUUGUCUUCUUCGGCGCCGCCACCGGUCUCUCCGCGGCCUUCAUCCUGAAGUUCAUCAACGUCAUUGUGAAGGCGUUCGCGAGCGCUAUUGAGAUUCUGCUGACGGCUGUGGCGGCUGCGGCGCUGCUUGGAGAAGCGCUGACGGGGCAAGACGUGAUUGCCGCCUGUAUUGUGAUGACUGCGGUGUGGCUGUACUACACGCGUGGGUGCGGAGAUCAGAAGCUGAUCACGUUUCGGCGAUGA